UCCUAUCACUAAUUGUUACACCUUAUUUAUUAUAUACAUUUUAUAUUUCUAGUUAUCCUUUUAAAACUCAUUUAUGUUUCAUUAAUGAAUGAUUCGUUGACUGAACAACUUAAUGAGCUAGGGCAUCACGUUUCAUGUUUGUACGUAAGCUCGGGGGAACAACUUGACGAUAUUUUUCGUUUGCAGUAUUUAUUGCCUUAUUCAAGGUUUGUAAAUGAUAUGCGUGGUAUUUCCAUUAACGUUGGCAACUUCUUCUCAUCGUUUAUACCAAUUCUUGAUUCCUUCGUUAUUGGACCCACAAAUUUAAUUAAUCCAAAGGACUUCCUUUCACAUUUUAAUAAACUCUCAGUCGCUGAUCUUUUGAAUAUUUCUAAGUCUGAACAAACUCUCUCUGACUGGAAGGAUUUGAGAAAAAGGUACUUGGCCUCUGGACUUAACUUAGAAGAGAUUUCACUUUAUAAAAGUUCUGUUGAGCUCCACAACGACCUGCUUCAGGAACUAGUCAAUCGUACUUCCGACUUUGAUAAGCCUCAAAAACACUCCGAGGCUAACCGUUUCUUGCAAUUAGGAGUUUCUAAACUAAGAAAAAACAAAGAUUUGCUGGACUAUCUCGACUCGUUAUCAUAA